CGGCUCCUUUGCAAACAACUCCCAGCGACGCAACUAUGUCUGCUAAGCUCGUUCUCCUUGUCGCCCUCGCGGCUGUGGCCUCCGCCGUCCCCCGUCCCGACUCUCUUCCCGUCUACGGCGCUCCUCCUCCGACCUACAAGCAGCCAGGAAUGCCCUUCGAGUUCGCCUACGCCGUCCAGGAUGACUACUCAGGCAACAACUACGCCCACCAGGAGACCAGCGACGGCCAAGUCACCUCCGGAUCGUACCGCGUGGCUCUUCCCGACGGCCGAACCGAGAUCGUGGAAUUCACCGCCGAUCACGACAACGGCUACGUCGCCAACGUUGCCUACGAGGGAGAGGCCUCCUACCCCGCCCCUGCCCCCUCCUACCCCGCCCCCGCUCCCUCCUACCCUGCUCCCCCACCCCCACCCACCUACGCCUAAACGCUCCACAUAAACGUAAGCGGAACUUGGACGGGACAACUCAACGAUCGACCCAAAAAUCCACACCCAAGUCAACCCAGACGAACGCCAGUGCGUCUUGCGGACCCAACUUCACCAAGCGCCAUUCACCAGCGGCUCAAAAAGCUUUCUGACGCACUGUUUCAGUCCUGCAAGCACUCGUCCCGUCCGGCCCAGUUCCGGCUUGCUCUCCAUCCUUCAACGUUCUUGCUCUUAUUGGUUAUAAACCUUUUAAAUAUAUUCCUUUAAUAUAUUCUUAACUAUUGCCAUAUUCAAAGUGCUCAUAGACGACUGUCAGUUGGCACUUUAGUUGUGUUAAAUUAUUCUUGUAAAUAAAGGCAUAUUUACGAAUA